AUGAGCUCWUUCAUUCGCUCUGUUUUCCUUCUUGCUCUCGCUGGAACUAUACAGGCAGCGCCUGCCCGUCGAGCAACGGAGAACCACCUCGUCCGUGACUUGAGGACUCUUACAAAGUUUGGACAAAAGGUCACCUUGGACCCCAACGGUACCACUGCUUCCUGGACCGGUACCGAUGUCUGCAAAUUCAGCGGCGUCUACUGUGCGGAAUCCCCUGCUGGAUACGAAGCGGUAGCUUCGAUCGAUAUCAAUGGAGCUCAACUUGGACAAAACCUCGUUCUAGACGGAGUGCUCGACAAGCUCACCGAUCUCGCUCUGUUCCAUGCCAAUUCUAAUGGAUUUGUGGGAACCAUUCCAGAUCUCUCCAAAUUGGAGUACCUCUACGAGAUCGAUUUGAGCAACAACCAGCUCAGCGGUACUUUUCCCACCACGGUCCUUGACCGUCCUCUCGCCUUCCUUGAUCUUCGUUACAACGCUUUCUCGGGCGAGGUUCCAACUCAAGUCUUCCAGCCAAGCUCUUACCAGGGAUACUCUGUGGAGGUCAUUUUCCUAAACAAUAACAAGUUCUCGGGAGCCCUGCCUGAAUUUGGUGCUAUCAACUCCACUUACAUCUCGCUGGCCAACAACCAAUUCACUGGUCCUAUCCCAGCUAGCAUUGCCAAUGUCGUCGGCCUGAAGGAACUUCUCUUGCUCGGGAAUCAGCUUACAGGUACCGUCCCAGAGGCGCUCUGUGAGCUUCAUCUGGAUGUGCUCGAUGUCUCUGGCAACAACCUGGAUGCUACCCUUGGACCCAAGUGCCAGGCACUCAAAGCUGCUGGAGUUCUUGUAAUCUAA